AUGGUAUAUACUCAUAAGCCCUCCCUUCCCAUUAACCCAAACCAACUUCUGUUCAAAUCCCAGAUCUGGUUCCCUUUUUUCAAAUCAGUUUCCUCCUCUUGUCUGUUCUUCAUACGCGACAGACAAGAACCCUAUUUUCUUACUUUCUCCAAUUCCGUCUUCUUCACACUCUCGAGCUCCUUGAACUCUCACGGCCACCUCCAAGACGAACUCCCCGAACUCCACGAACAAGCACAGCGAACUUCCAGAACUCCCCGAACCCUAGAGUCUCACACGGCAAACUCCCAGACAUGGCAGCUUGCAGUGACAUCGUGCAUACAUGUACAAAGUCAACCACAUCCUGGAUGGGGAGUUUGGCCUGAUUUGUGUCACGAUGACAAAGUCUCAUACAUGGAGGACUUGAUAACAACCCAUCAACCCUUUGGCAAGUAUCUAUGGCAUGGUGGUGACACUUCUUGUCCUCUCUCCAGCAAAACUCCUUCUUAUCCCAAGAAAGAACUCAGACCAAGGAAGACAUCGAACAAACCCUCCACGUCCCGUAAGCAGAAACGCAUCAGCUCCUACUUUCAAGCAGCCGCCUCAUCCAGCAAUUCAAAUGACAAACUAAUGGAAGUGCUAUCUGAAUUAUCUGACACGGUUUCCAACCUUCAAAAAGAGACCAAACUGUUGCGUCUACUGCUCAAACGACCGAAGACGCCUACCUACCGUAAGCGCAUUGCCUUCCACUCUCUCUUAGCUCGGACCAAGAAAGUACACCAAUCACACCGCGGGUGUCAGACUGAACCUUCAGACAUGGGCUUUGCUCAAUCUCCCACACGGACUUUUCCAGUGCCCAUGGAGGAAGAUACCACUCUUAGGAGCUCCCCUGUUGUCAGCCAAUAUGCUGCACAACAUUAUGUCUCACCGAAAGCAACGAAGACCACACCUUCAAACACUACAAACCUCCAACCAGAACCCCUCUCUCAUUCUCCUGACCACCCUUCACCCCUCCUAACUCCUAUUACUAGUUCCCCUGUCCACACCACUCCAGAACAGCAGAACCCACCCAUCAACGAUUCUCCUGUCCACACUUCACCCAACAACACUCCACCGACCCACACCUCCGGAAGUACUUCACCCAUCCACACAUCCGAAAACACUUCACAUGUCCACACCAAAUCCUUCCACACUCCAGAACCCAAAUCACCUGUCCCCCACACAACCUUAGCUAUCUACGAUGCCUCUCACCACCCUAACAGCCCCCCUGUCCAAAGCCUUCUCUUCCGAGCCGUUGGAAUAUUCCAACCUUUAAGCCCUGACCCCCCUUCUCUUUCUCAACCAAGAUACGACUCAUCAGCUAACCAAGCAUCCCAAAAUCCUCUUCCCUAUUGGUAUGAUGGUCCUGUCACACCACAACCUUCUCCGUCUAAGACUUCUGAUAGUCUGCAAGGUUUCAUAAGUCAUGCUGCAGUACUCAACGCAUUUUCAGCUACCGCUUCUCCCCAAGCUCCUCUUUCGACUCCCCGGUCACUCCGCAGCAAUCAAAAGGCUCAUCAAAGCGUUGUCACCGAAGCUGUAGAAGUGAGUGACGGAGAAGAACCUAAGCACAUCCCAGAUCGUUAUGAAAACCUCCUAGCAAAAGACCUAAGAAGCUGCAAAGAUAUCCCACCUCAAUCUCUAAUUGCACCCUUACCUUGGAAACAAUGGGAUCAUUUUUGCCGUGUGGUGGCACAGAUCAAGCAUGUGUAA